UCCAACAAGCCAGAACGGAGCUUCUCUGCUCCUUGCCAUUUCCAGCCACAGAAACUCACAGAAAGUAGUUCACUGUAGAGUAAAGAUCACGGAUUACAGUUUUCUGCGUGGAAGUGGAAAUUGGUGAGAUUUUGAUCAUGAAAGGAAAACUUCUGAAGUUUUUCUGCCUCAAGCCAGAACACUAAACUGAUUCUUUCUUUUUUGUUUGCUCUGGUGCUGUAAUUUAUCUAUACUUCUAAAUUUGGACACAUGGACUGAUCAGAAUUUUUCACAUCUUGGAAUAAUGAGCGGCUCCUCCUGGAUUCAUCUUUAUUUGGGGGAUUUAACAGUUUAACAGUUGUUUUGUUUUUUAAAGAAAAGACUGCAUAUGGUACAUUUUCCAAAAGUUAUGGAUUUAUCUUUGCAAAUUCAUCUUGUUGCAGCUUUUGUCUCUUGUAUUAAGGUUUAUGCUCAAGUGGUACAUCCUGUGAAUCAUCCAGGUAGUAAUGCAUUAUAUACGGGCCUGCAGGUGUUGGCCACGGCCUCACAUUAUUGGCCUCUCGAUGCUGUGGACGGAAUCCACGAACUGUGGGACAAGAUUGGAAACAGACCAGGUUAUGUUAACGGAACUACAAUAACUCUCAGAAUCCACAACCACACUGUGCUCCCUUCCUCCCAUAACUCUUCCUAUGUGUAUACCAAUGACUCUGCCUACACUAACAUUUCUGCAACAGUAGACAUUGUUGAAGGAAUGGUCAACAAGGGCAUCUUUCUGAAUGGAGAUAAUGGCGGUACCUUUCUCCACUUUGGAAAAUACCAGAACUCUUGUAUUAGUGACCCUACUUGGUGUGGUCCUGAGGGGAUUACCUUCUCCUUUUUUUGGAAAAACCACGAGGCAGAGUCCCGUUUUGCUGUAGCCUCUGGAGGGAAAGUUAUCUCUAAUGGCUUCUCUGUCUACACCAAUCCCUAUGGAGGAUAUGUGGAGUUUUACACUCGAGGCAACAACCACAGAUGGAAGGCCAACAUCAGAGUUCCAGGACCUUUCUGGACCCACAUUCUCUUCACAUGGACAAAAAAGGAUGGUCUGAAGGUCUACAUCAAUGGGACUUUCACUGUUGGUGACACAGCUGGCAGUGUCUCGGAGAACUAUGGUGACACCUACCCUGACCUUGUCAUUGGAACUGGCAACGACAGGGCAUAUGGUCACUAUGUAACAGGCGCCUUCGAUGAGUUUGUCAUCUGGGAAAGGGCCCUUCCACCUCGCGAGAUCUUGCUCUAUUACACUGGAGCCAUAGGCCAGGACAUGGUUUCUGCCACAACAACCAGAGUCUCCAAAGAAGUCACUUCAACGGCACCAACAGUCAGAGCCACUGAAGUGAGUCCUCCUGUCGACAGCCGUCAGCGCGAGGAGAUACAAAGCUCCCCGGGCCCGGAGUCUUUGCCAGUGUUGGGCUUUCUUAAGGCUCUGCCCAAUAGGACCAUUCCUCACAACACUGCCAACAACCUCACACAGGCUUUUCUCAAAAGUGUGGAAGAAGUGCUGUCCGCUCCAGGGCUGCCAGAGCAGCAGUCCAUCCCUGUGGUCAGUGGUCUGAUCGAGACCGUGGACAGAGUGAUGGAACACAUGGUGACUAACCUGGAGCCCAGCCCGAACUCUCUCAUCUCCCUGGGUGGAAAAUCCUUUGUUGCAGAUUACUCUCUGAUGAAAUUCCCACAGAACUACAACCUGCCACAUUACCGCUUCCCCACACUAGGCAAGAGUUACAUCUCCGUGCCCGGAGAGGCUUUCACCAUGCAGUCUCAAACCACCAUCGUUGGCCUCUUCUACCACGACAUGCACAACUAUUACAAAGAGAUCAGCCCCAUCAAGACCAGGAUUAACGAAGCAACUGAUUUCAAAGAUCACAAAAUCCAGGUAGCAAGCUGUCUGAUCUCUCUGAAAGUGGAGCCUUCCCCGGCCCUGUCAGUCAACCUGUCUGGAGCGCCACUCAUCAAGAUUGUCCUCACUCACAUCCUGACCAAAGAACAGCAAGAGCAACUCCUAAAUCAGAGCAAUAAAGUCUUCCUCUACUGUGCCUUCUUGGACUACAGUUCAAAUGAGGGAGUAUGGUCCAACGAAGGUUGCGUACGCUCGGAUGGAAACAUGACGUACUCUGUUUGUUUGUGCAACCACCUCACCAACUUUGCCAUACUUAUGCAAGUGGUGCCCCUAAAGCUCACGACUGGCCACAGGGUGGCACUAUCAACCAUCGGUUAUGUUGGCUGCUCAAUUUCCAUCAUCUGUCUCGCCAUCACUCUGGUCACUUUUGCAGUUCUGUCGUCAGUGAGUACCAUCCGUAACCAACGCUACCACAUCCAUGCCAACCUGUCCUUCGCCAUCCUGGUGGCUGAGAUCUUACUGCUCAUCAGCGCUCGCUUCGACCCGGGAACGCUGCCUUGUAAAGUCAUGGCGGUCCUGCUUCACUUCUUCUUUCUGAGCGCCUUCGCCUGGAUGCUGGUGGAGGGCCUCCACCUCUACAGUAUGGUGGUGAAGGUGUUCGGCUCUGAGGGCAGCAAACACAUCUAUUACUACGCCAUCGGCUGGGGCUCUCCUUUGGUCAUAUGUGUGGUCUCCAUGACAUCAGCUCUCAACAGUUAUGGCGAGGUUGACAACUGUUGGCUGUCACUGAAGAAUGGAGCCAUUUGGGCGUUUGUGGCACCGGCUCUGUUUGUCAUUGUGGUGAACAUUGGCAUCCUGAUAUCUGUCACCAGGAUCAUAUCUCGGAUCAGCGGAGAGAGUUACAAGGUUCAUGGAGAUGCCAAUGCAGUCAAGCUGACUGUAAAGGCAGUGGCCGUGCUCCUGCCUAUACUCGGCAUCUCCUGGAUCUUUGGCGUUCUCGCUGUCAACACACACUCUUUGCCGUUCCUGUAUAUUUUUGCUGUAUUCAACUCGUUUCAAGGGUUCUUUGUCUUCUUGUUUCACUGUCUUCUCAACUCUGAGGUCAGAGCUGCUUUCAAACACAAAACCAAGGUUUGGUCUCUUACCAGCAGCUCCAUCCGAAACAUCAAUGUGAAGCCAUUCAACUCUGACAUAAUGAAUGAAAACAAAGAGGGCGUGACUCCCACCAAGAUGAACACAUGGGACAAAAGUACCAACUCGGCCAAUCGCAUGGACCUCUCCGCCGUGUAGAACCAGCGGCAGGAGAGCAAAGUGAAGCUCACUAGUGUAGUAUGAGAAACACGGGCCAGAGUAUUCUCCCACUAUGUUAUGUAAUGAAUCGGACACUCAUCCGCUCAAGUGAAAGAGAUACCAAAGUAGAGGCUGUGUAUAACUUCACCUUUAAAGACAAACAGACUCUUAAGGACUGUGCCUUUUUAUUAUUGUCUCGUAAAAAAAACAUAAUGUGUUCCCAAAAACAAGAGCAGGGAUUUGUGAGGAGGGCAGUGAGAACAUCCAGGAGGGCAGUUCAGGAGCUGGCAGCGACCCUCGGUGUAGUGGAGCAUCUCGAUGUGUAUAUUGCUGUUGAUUUACUAAUUGGCAUCAAAACAGUGCGACUUUUUUGGAAAUACGAAAAUGAGCUUUCUUGCUGAGCGUUAGAUGGAGAGAUUGUCCUGGGUACCAUUUCUUUGGACUUCUUUUGUUUAAUACAAGGCAUCGUUUUUAAUAAAUCCGUAAUUCUAAAGUUUGUAAUCCUGAGGGGUUAAUAAAUCAAAUUUAAAAACAACCGGAUGCCAAAAAAUCAGAUAACCCAACGAACGAAUAAAUAGAAGAGUCGAAUAUUUGGGUUCAGACCUAAAAGAUUUAACGCCUGUUCAGCAGCUGGUUAGCUUAGCUUAGCACAAAGGCUGGAAACACGGAAACUUUGAGCCACUUUGAACAAAAACAUCACAGUGCUAGUGAUCUUUCCAUCUAACACAAGAAAGCAAAUACGCCUAUUUCCCAAAAUGUCAAAAAUAUUCCUUUAAAUCACAGUGAUAUGUUUUGACAUGUAAUUUGUCCCACACAUUAAAAUAGUGCAAUUACAUCUGCUUUAAUUAUACUGCAGAAAAUGUCACAUUUAAAAUGAUGAGUAUUGGCAGCGGAUGUUUGGGUCCAAAUGCAUAAACUUAAUAUAAUGUUAGAUUCAUGCCUUAAAAUCAACAACAUAAUCGUUUCACCAGCUGUAAACAGUAUUUAUCAUCACAAAGGACAAAUUGUUCAUUUUAACUGGAGGAGCUUCUCCGAGAUUCACCUGAUUCAUGCCGCUUUAAUCCAAUGUUGAGGACAGCGCAACGCAACAAUUGCAUGAUGACAAUGGAUGAAGCAGCGGUGAAUUAGACCCUAUGUAAUUCUGAUAUAAUGUAUUUAUUUAUUUAGUGAUUCUGAGUUCUGUAUCAUGUCUUCUGCAAAGUGUCACAGCUCAACAAUAGUAUGUUCUCAUGUUAAGUUUCCUCUCUUGAAAUGAACUGGUAUUUGAUGUGCAGUACCUCACAUCUUUGUAAGCUGCAGGAUGUUAUGCUUCUUGAAGAAUAGUGAAUACUGGUUGUGUUUUGGACACAUUUCUGUGAAGUUUUACGUAGUCUUUAGAUAUUUCUGUUGCUGAUUUCAAAUUUUCAUACAACAUUUUUGUACAAUGAAAUAUGUUUUACAACAGAGGUACCUAAUAAGGCUGUUUUUUCUUAAUAUACUGUGAGAAUAGAGGGCGGUGACAUCAUUUACAAUGUCAUUGAUCUUACACUGUACCAACAUUAAGUUUCCUAAAACAGGAUUUACUGUAAGUCACUCUGUGCUCACUUUUCCUGUCAAAUUUAAAGGUAAAUAUUCAGUAUGUUUAUGCUUGUAUGGCCUUUAAUGAUUGUUGUCUUAUGGUACUUGUACUUCCAAUUAUCUUUACUAUAAAACGUUUAUGACAAGAAA